AUGGCCGACCUGGACGUCGCAAGCCACUACAACCUCCCCGACGAAUUCCCCGACGAAUGGCCUGCAGCGUUAGAUGAAGCAGAUCAGCCUGAAGAAGAACCAAUUCAACGAGCAGACUCCCGCCCUCGCAAGUCGCGAUACAUCGCCCUCGAACGAAGUCCCAGCGAUUGGAGGAGUAACUUUGGCCCACGUCGAGGGAAGGAUGGCAGAGAAAACGCUCAGAAGGACGAGCCGGACCCAUUGGGCACGAGUGACAGUGUUCUUCGAAUUCUCAAACAACGAGGCAUACCACUAGAGGAGGAGAAUGGAAAGCGCUCACGGUUCUUGCUGUCGUCAACGUCAUUCUCGCCUGCGCUCUUUCUGUCCCAGGCACACCACACAGCAUCUAUUGAGUCACUGACCAGUGGCUUGGAUAACCUAUCCCAUUCGAUCGACCAAAAAUCCGCGUCCCUGAAGGUGUUGGUGGAGGCAAAUUUCGAGCGCUUCGUGCGCGCCAAGGCAACCAUCGACAGCGUCUACACUGAGAUGAGGAACCAGGGUGUUGAGAAGCAACCGGGCCUCGGUCCUCGCAGAUCGGGACACUUCCGCAGCUAUUCUGGUCAGCAACGAAGUGUGUCCCCUGCCCCAGUGGUGGCCAAGAAAACUGCACUCGUGAAGGAAAGCGAGUACGGCAUGAAGGGCAUCCGUGGCCCGUUAGUUGAGGCCUCUGUUAAAGCUGAGGAAGUCUGGGGGCCAGCUCUUGGGGGUCGAGAGCGAGAGCAGAUGCUGAAGUCCGUAGUUGAAACCAUGGAGAAGAACCGGGAUGUUUAUGAGAUUGGGAGUCAUUUGGCAAAGUCCAUCCAGCAACGCGAUUACGAAGCUGUCUUUGAGCAAUAUACCAAGGCGAGAACCCUUGCGAACCAAGCCAAAGACAUCGCAAAUCGAGCCUCUAGCUCUCGCGGACAAUUGAACGACACUGAGACGCACACCAUCUUAGCUAUGGGUCGAAUGUGGUUGGAUGUUGACCAACAGAUUCACGAUUUCAAGCGAGAGCUCUGGAAGCGUCUCGCUGACGCACCUACUACAUCAACUACAAGCACUGCGUUGGGUCCGGUUGAAGAGCACAUGGAGCUGAUUGGAGCCUUGUUGGAGCUCGGCGUUGAAGACAAUCCGAUCCAGAUAUGGCUACAAAGCCGGUUUGAAUUCCUGAAAGCAAAAAUCGCCGGUUUCUCCGAAAGAUGCAAGGUUGAAAUCGAGAUCCUACGAAGAAGACUUGCUGGCGGCGAGAAGCCAACUGCACAAGCCACUGCGUCGUACCUACGUCUGGCGCCCCGGGAGGGCUCCACGGAAAGUCCAGAGAGGUUCGACACCGACCAAGUCAUUGAACUCUGGGAAUGUAUACAGACGUUCUUGAACCGAAUUCUGUCUUCGCAGAAUGGGUUACUUGGCGAGGUUCUGGACUUUUGGGAAGUGGCACAAUCCUUCAUCGAUGGCAAUCGGCAGCGGCUUUUACCAGCUGGGUUUGAAGGGGAAAGUCGAAAACACCACCGGCUUUCUACCGAGAGUAUCAAGCAGCUAGAGAGAGGCGUGGUGGAGCUGGUCAAUCUCAUCCGCGAUAAUGUCUUGCUUCUUUUCGCAGAGCCUCCUAUCGAAGAUGUUUCUAUACUUUUCUCACCGGUGCCACCAAGUCCCUCGACCCCGGAAUCCAGAGGAAUCACCCCGACAGAGUCCCGAUUCAAGCUGGACCCAAAGAAUCUGCCGUUCCCUCCCCCGAAGCGGGGAGAACACUGGGAGGAAUAUGCAUUCUGGCCCCCAUACUCCAAUUCCCUCAGUGGAGUGCAUUAUUUGAGUAAGUUCCUCAUUAUUGUGGGAACUGCUGCUAGUGAAAUGGCGGCAUUGCGGCCCGUUGGUGGCAGUGGGAAAACCUAUGAUCUUCUCAAGACCCUCGUCAGUGUGGCCAGAGAUCGAUGUGCUCGUGUAGCAUGCGCUGCCUGGAGCAAAGAUGCGGAGGUCUGCAAGCUGCUCGAGGACUGGACACGCGAUUCGGAGAAGCGCGAUCUAACCAAGAUGCCCGGGUUCUUUGUGGCAUUUGAAGGGGCUAUUUUAAGCGGCAUGCAGAAGCUUCUUUACAUUUCAGAAGCAAUGGCAAAGCCGGGCACUGUGGACGUGGUCACUCAGCCUCCUGCAAAACUUCUCCAGAUGGUUCGCGCACAGUUUGUGUCUAGUGUUUAUAAAGCACUGAGUGGGCUGGUGGAAAAUGCGGAGCGUCUAACUACAGCCGAAGAGGAGAAUGAGUGGAUAAUCGCCCGACCAGCUCUGACAAGUCAGGUCACCGAUGCCGCAAUGUCAAUACUUUCAGCAGAUUCUGUUGAUUCAUUGAAUCGGAACGUUCGAAUCCUCCUGACUCUCUCCAACCUCAAGGCACUACAAGCCGACUAUGUUCCACAACUGAUCUCCAACUUCGAGACCUCUUUCUCGGUCAAGCUGACAGAAGAGGCCAAGACCGUUCGGGAUGUCCUCAGCCAAAUUGAAGACCGACUGUUCCAGUCCUAUGUCAAUCCCACCACUGCUUUGUUGGAUAAAACCAUCUCAGCUGGUAUUGCAUCUCCAGACUGGGAACCAUCAACCGAACGGCCAGAACAAGUCCGGCCUUACGUGUACAACGCCAUGUUGACCAUGGUGUUAGUUCACACUGAGAUUUCCACAACCAUCCCAUCCAGCGUAUCGAUUGCCAGCCGAACCUCGCCAAACGCACCCUUCUCCCUUCUGGCCACUGUCCUCACACAUCUCUUGUCCAAAAUCUCCUCUUCGCUGCUUGCUGCCUUCCGAGCUCGGUCUUCAUUCUCACUUGCCGCUUUAAUGCAAGCUACACUGGAUACUGAAUUUAUUGCACAAACACUUGCACUAUAUGCGACGGAGGAGGCGUCAAAUGUGCAAAGCCAGAUCUACGUGGAAUUAGAUCGCCGUACCACAAAUGAAGCCCGGACAAAGCUCCAGGCUGAGUUAGGUGAGAUGCGUGUGGUCCUCAAAAAGCUGAGAGACCGCACGAAAGGCGAGUUCGCUUGCUUCAAGAAGCCCCGAAGUGCGGGUGGCAGCUCCAAGUCUUCCGCUUAA